GUUUCGUUACCAAGUCUUCUGGGCCGACGACUGCGGCGUGGCCUUGCAGCCGGAACCCAUCCUGUCCUUGCCGCCCCGUACCUCGGGGGGGGCUUCAAAUCUCUGGCCCAGCGGCUGCUGCAAGACGGACGUGUACAUGGCGAGACUGGCGCCCAUGGCAGUGCCGCCGGAUGCUCGAAAUCUGGUGAUUCAAGUGCUGACAACAUCUGGACCUGCGCCAGAUGCGUUGGUUGUACCACUGGUGGAUGAGAACUAUGAAGACACCGUGACCGAUCCUCCCAAAGGGACGGUCGGUGGCGCCGGUCCUACGACGAUCCCGCUCUGGUGGCUCCUGGGGGCGCUGGCAGUAAGACAAAGUUCUCACUGCGGAUGGGUGUAGCCUCUGAAGCCGAAUUCAGACGUAUCACGGAUCAUUUCGUGGAGCAGGAUUAGUCACUUGUUGCAGAGUUUGAU